AGUUCUAGUCGUGACCGCAAGAGGGCGGCACGGCGCAAGCAAGGCGCCGUAGCAAGAGAGAGAAAGAGAGAGAGAAAGUAGUGUUGGGAAACAAGCAGCCAGCCAUAACCAACAACAACAACACCCGUCCCCGUCCGUUCGACUGUCCGGAUCGGAACGAAGCAACAGAGAAAAGCUGCAACCCUUGCAUUUGCAUUGCAGUCAAAGCUAUAAACAACAAAUCUAAAAGAACCUCAAUGAAGUUCAGGCGCUUUACUUAGACUUAGUUCAAGUUUGAAGACAUUAUGGCGUCUUUAUCUUUGCCUAGAGUUCUUCAGCCAAGAAAGUCCAGCCUAGAACUGGAAAGGGAGAACUUCGAGAAAUUCCAGCAAGUCAGCAUCAGCAAAGCAGUAAACUCCAUAGAAUGCCCCGUGAAGGAGAAGCAUGUGCGCAGUGCUAUAAUUGGCACAUUUCAGGAAAAAAAUGCACAAACCUUCUGGGAUUGUGUAAAGCGCCUACCGUUGGAAGGAAACAGAAUUGUGGCUUGGAAAUUUUGUCAUGUCCUUCAUAAAAUCCUACGGGAGGGCCAUGAAUCAGUCGUUCCUUUGUCUCAGAAACAUAAGGAGAGAAUACGAAAUAUUGGGAAGCUAUGGGGUCAUCUUCGAGAAAGCUAUGGAAAGUUGAUUCAGCAAUAUACCCAGCUUUUGAUUGUAAAGCUUGAUUUUCACAGAAGGAACCCCCGUUUUCCUGGCAAUCUAGAAGUUUCUAAAGAAGAACUUGAUGCAAUUGGUGAAAAUAAUGUUAAUAAUUAUUUUGAGAUGGCAGUGGAGAUGUUUGACUACAUGGAUGAAGUACUUGCUCUUCAAAGUGCCAUUUUUGGAUCCUUAGACAUGUCAAGAUCCAAUUCAAUGACAAGUUGUGGCCAGUGCCGCUUGGCCCCACUGAUUCCUUGUAUUCAAGAUUCCUCUCAAUUGUACGACUACUGUGUUAAAAUUCUCUUCAAGCUUCAUUCAGAACUUCCUGCUGACACAUUACAAGGACAUCGAGAUCGCUUUUUAAAGCAAUUUAAAGAUCUCAAACAGUUCUACUUAAGUGCCAAUACUUUGCAAUAUUUCCGUAACUUAAUUCACAUUCCCCCUUUGCCAGAGAAUCCUCCAAACUUUUUGAUUCAGUCUGAAUUCCUUGGCUAUGUCACACCAGUGGUGCGGCUACCAACAGACCUUGAACAGUCUGAAGCAGAUGCCUCUGAGUUUGUGGAUGUAUCAGACGCAGGAUCACCGUCUGGAUCGCUGUCAGGUGAUCUAGUAGAUCUGAGUGUUCCUCAGCCUGUGCCCAUGGCCCCCCCUGAUGAAUGGAGCCAACGUAUUGAAAGGUUACAUCAAGAAAACAACAAAUUGCGUCAAGAUCAUCAUAAAUUUGUUGAUCAACUCCAAGUUCGCAUAAUGGAUUUAGAAAAUGCCCUAGCUACCAAGGAUUCAGAACUUAUGCAAGAAAAGAAGCUCCAUGAGGAUCUCAUGCAUCAGACUACUGCAGAUCUCAUGCAUCAAACGACUGCAGCUGAAAAAAAUGACGAUGCAGAAAAAAGAGCAAAGGCCUUCGAAGAAAAGUUUUUAAAGUUGAAAGAAGUGUACAGUAAAUUAAGAGAAGAGCACAUAAAUCUUCUUCGUCAGAAAGCAGAUGUGGACAAACAGCUUAUUGGAAUUCAAAAGGCAAGUGAAGAUGCAGAAAAGCGGAAAGAAGAAGCAGAGGCUCAGCUUUCCGAAAUGGUAGCUGAUCAUGACAAAGUUUUGACCUUAACCAAAGAAAUAGAGAGAUCUAAGAGAGACAUGAUGGAAAGAGAACUGAAGAGUCAAGAUCAGCAACAAGCAUUGCAAAGCUUGCUAGAAAAAGCUAAAAGUGAUUUGUUGGAAAUGGAACUAAAGAAUCAAGAUCAGCAAGAAGCUCUGAAACGCUUGCUUGUGGCCUGUGUGAGAGAGGCUGAAGCCAUUGUUGAAAGAUCAAUACAUGAAGUGGAUAACCCUGCCAUAUCGGCUGUCACUUGCACUCCAGAUUAUCUAGGAACAUUGGCGGUACCUCUUCGGGACUCUGUUGUCGAGUUGCCAGCCCUAGUUCCUGAUUCAGCCAAAGCUAGCAGUUCUUACUCGUCCGUCUUUGAGAAACUUGUGUGCCACAUAAUACGUGUGGCCCAUUUAUCAGCUGAUUAUGUUCUUCAUGCAAAAGCAACGUCCAACACGUCUCCUGAUAUUGAACUAGGGGAACAUAUGGCAGAGAAAUGUAAAGUCCUUGGGAGCUCAGUUUUAGCAUUGCUGAGAGGUGUCAGAGAAGAAGCUGACAGCAGUACUGUAAAAGAACUGGCAAAUACUACUGUGGAUCGAAUGGACGAGUUGGCAAACUUACUGGAAAGACUAACUGGACAGAUUAAGGGAGACUCUGUCGAAAUAAUUGGUGAUAUGGUUGAGAAUGAAUUAUCGAACAUGGAUAAAGCAAUCGAAGAAGCAGCCAAAAGGAUUGCUGAAAUUUUGAGUAAAUCUCGGGCAAGAGACUCUGGCAUUAAGCUGGAAGUGAAUGAGAAGAUUCUGGAUACCUGCACCUCUCUUAUGUUAGCCAUCAGAAUUCUGGUUCAGAAAGCUCGACUUCUUCAGGCUGAGAUUGUCGCCAAAGGAAAGGGAACUGCUACUGCCAAGGAGUUCUACAAAAGAAAUCAUCAGUGGACGGAGGGACUGAUUUCUGCAGCUAAGGCUGUUGCAAUGGGAGCUAAGUUUUUGCUCACUGCAGCUGACAAGGUUGUCAGUGGUGAGGGCAAGCUAGAAUCUCUAAUUGUUGCAUCACAAGAGGUAGCUGCAAGCACUGCUCAGCUUGUUGUUGCGAGCAGAGUGAAGGCAUCUCGUGAUAGUUUGAAUCUUACGGCUUUGUCUCAAGCAUCAAGAGGUGUUACUCAAGCAACUGGGCAGGUUGUUGCUACUGCCAAAGACUGUGCUCAACUUAUUGAAGAGAAUGAGGAGCUGGACGUUUCUGGGCUUACACUUCAUCAAGCUAAACGCCUUGAAAUGGAUUGUCAAGUGAAAGUUUUGGAACUGGAAGCUUCCCUCCAACAAGAACGACAGCACCUGGCUGCUUUGCGGCGGCAACAUUAUCAACUUGCUGGAGAUGUUGAAGGGUGGGAGAUUAUGGAUAAACCUUAAAACACCGCUAACAUUUUACAGUUCAUGACCAACCCUUUAACUACUUGUGUCUGAAACGAAAUGCUUUGGCUUAUGAUAUUUUGCUCACCCAGCUUAUUAUUCUAUUUAGCUUUGAAACUUAUAACUGUUAGAACAGCCUACUAACAUUGCUUACUUUUGAGCUAAUUAUGCUGAGAAUCAAUCUAAGAGCUUGUUGCUUUCUCAAGUGAUAGUUUUUGUUGCUUUUAAAUAUCUUUUUAAUAUUUUUUUUGGUAUAAUAAUCAUUUUUAAUUAAUCAACUUUUAGCUUGUCUUCUAAAUUGUUUUAGUUAACAGUAUUAGUAACUUUUAAGAUCUUUAUAACUGAUGCUUGCUGUAGCUAUGAUGCUAUGAUUGAUUGUUUAAACUGUGUUUUGUCAUGUUUGUUUCAUUUCCCAUCAACUUUUUGGUAAGUCGCAGAAGUGACCAAUCAUUUUGUUGUAAUCUACACAAUCAUUAAUUUCCUUGAUUUGUCUUAUCUGUCAAAAGUCACAGCUUGGAACGAGAGUGUUUGCUUUCCUCUUGUCCUUGGACUUUCUUUUUAUCAUUUUUAUUAUGCUUUGUGUCACCGCUUAUUGUGAGAUUCUUGUGUCUUAUUUUAUUUAAUGAUACACUUUCAUAAUCGAACCAUCUUGAAUGAAAUUUUAUUUCCAUCCACAUAUCUUUUGUUUAUCUUAAAAAGUUACAUAAUCAACAUUGCUAUGUGUUUUUUUGUUGUUUUUUUUUUAAAUUUUAUUUGUAACAAUGCCCUCCUGGUCUAAGUGAUAGUAUGGUAUUCCUUCCUUCCUCUCUCCAUUCCCCUUUUAGCUGGUCCAGUUCUUCUGUUUCUAUGUACUAACAACUUUUAUGAAUGAAAGACUGCCGGAUGAUUAUUGAGACUAGCAAAUGUUUUUAUGCCCCAGACAGAAGUCCAAGAGUUUGUAAUAUCCAAGUUACACUUAUUCAUGCUGUGCCAAUUUAAGGUGAAUCACAACUAAAACUGCUUCUUUUUCCCAUUUAUAAUUAAAUAAAUAGCGUUCCCUAAGUGUUACACGCAUUUCUUAAGAUGCAUGAUGAUAGUAUGUUCCUGUUACCAAGUUAUAAUGACAUGUUUUCAAGAGUAGUAUACCAAUUAUAGUGCCUUUUAGGACUAUCCUUUUUUGUGCACAUCGUAGCAUCUUUAUUGAUUUGUAAAUUAAGUAAAGUUAUAUUUUUUACAUAGUUUUGAACUCAGUGGUUGACUAUAAUUGCAAUGUGCAAUGGUUUCUGUCUGUGUUGUUAGUUUACCAUUAUUGACAUGACCACUAAUUGUGCUACUACUUAAGCCUUUAACUCAAAGUAGAAUAAAUUAUAUUCCUAUUAA